CCAGACUUCAAUUCCUUAAAUUCCAAGUUCUGCUUUCGUCAUCGCCGGUCGCUAAGGUUAAGAACAGGCUCAGCAUUCCCAAUGAGAACUUGAAAUCUGACUCCGAACGCACUUAAACAAGACAGAACUACUACCACCACCACCACCACCGAAUCUAUCGUUCUAUCGUUCCCCGAUGCCAAAACGACCUGGACUCGAUGAUGGCGCAUCAGAGGAUGCUUUGAUGGAACAAGCCCUCCAUGCCAUUUCCAACAAACAGUCCGCCGAAGCAGUCAUCCUUGGUUUGGCGAAAAAAUUCGAUCUCGACCUGGCUGCUUUGUUCUUCUCGAAUAUGAAUUACCGUCAGAUGGCACCUCUCGUCAAUCUGGACCCUUCCCAGGGGCUGCUCGACGCACCGCACUUCGAACUUUACCGAUCGCGGAUCCCUACAACUCUCUUUCGGGACAUUAUUCCCGACAUUUACAAAAUGUUGCUUGAAUAUGGCCCUAUGGAUUUUCAUGACACCCUGGAGGCGAGAUCACGGUUUCUUUCACCGAUCUUCAAUUGCCUUGUGCCAUGUUUUGGAUCACACAUACGUAACACACCGGGAACGCUGCUAGGAGGAAGAUGGACGACCAAAGGGAGAGCCGAAUACCAAUUUAUUGUCCUUGGCAUCGUUUCCAUCCUUUUCGUCCAGUUCAAGCCAGACACGGGAAGUGCCGUUGAGCGCUUCAACGCGAUCGCGCAGUUGAUUGCCGAAUGUGACGCUGGCGAUUUUGCUAAUCAGCGUAACGAUUUACAGGACCCUAUCUAUGGCAUCUUGUGUGAUGGGGAAACAUUCGAAUUCUUCAUGUUCUCUCCCAACACCGAAUCUUCCGAUCGACCUUCAUUCUUCUAUGGCUCACUCAACACCCCGACUGGGCGGGAAUUCCGAAUGUCAUUGCCGAGAUUUGAUGGAAUGUUUAGCUCCAUAGGCUUCAUGAGGGUCCUCCGCCCCAUUUGCGAAGUCAUCUUUGAUCUCUUCCUCAAGUCAUAUAUCGAAUGUUUGACACAGCACUACAAUAUUUCAAAGGAGCGCUCAAAAUCGGGACCGAAUCGGGCCAACUUGGGCGGUUGGGAAGCAGCUAUCAAUAAUGCAAAGGUGGCUCUUGACAUGUGUCGAAGAGCAGAUCAACAUCGCGCAGCGAGUGAAUGGGAAUCAUGCAGUUCGAAAGCGGAGAGUGGUAUGCGAAUGCUAGAAGCAAGUGUGAUUGCGGUGCCAAGAGCCAGGCCGCGUAGCAUUCCCGACGAGCUUGCAAAGUAUGAAGCGAUGUUCGAUCAGUUUUAGAGUUUUAGGACUACUUGUUCAAUAGCGUUGCCAACAUCAUUCGAGUGUCAUUCAAAACAGUGAAGAAUCCCAUUGUUCCCAAUACCGACUUGUGCGUACGCCCAGAACUCGGCAUUCAUUCACCUCCUCAGUCGCCCCCUCGCGUCUAAUCAUGCUUUAGCUCCAAUUACCGCUAUUCCACCCUUCAACUCCCCCAAUGCAAUGGUUUCUCUACCGCGUUUUCCCGGCAUUCUUGACAGCUCCCAUAUGACCGUCCCUCAUGACACCCCAAUGUAUAUUACGUAUGUCAAAUCUAUCUUUGACUUUGUU